AUGAAGAACAGCACCGUGGACGGCUUGCUUCCUAUGAAGUUUCCGGCCACGUUGGCGGCCGAAGAGGUGGCGGAAGGAGCAUCCGAGCUCAAACUGCGGCUGGCGGAGAUGCUGAACAGCGCGGGCGGGCUGCUGCUGCACAGCGAGCCCGUCGAGCUGUCGCAGACGGAUGCAGACGUGCCGGUGCCAUCGUUCGAGGAGGCCGAGGAGACGGCCGAGAGCGGCGAGGCCGAAGCGGGCAGAGAGAAAGUCACCGCUGAGGGGUUGCGGAUUGCGUUGCUGGACGACCUGACGCGGGAGGUGGACGAGCUGGAGCUGCAGGACGGGCUCGCGGUGGCGUUUGCGUGGGGGCACGAGCAGUUCAGCGUGGCACAACCGCAGGAAUAA